AGUGUAGUGGAGGUCAAUAGCAGCUCAUUAGUGGAGUGAGAGCUCAGAGAUCCAACAGCUCCGAGCAGCGUUUUCAGCUCGUUCGCACACACACCACACACUCGCGCACACACACAAACUAGUUGCAAAUCUGGCUUACCCACAUUCGUAACACACACACCUGUGGUGCAAUAAUGUGUAUCACAAAACAGACUUGCACUUUCCAAUUCUCUUAGGCAUUAUAUAAGUAUGUUUAAUAAGUCAUACAUGCAAACACACUGAGGGCCCUGGUAUAGUCUUUAGAUUGAUACACACACGUAGCAUGUACAUCCCGACUCACACAAUUAAACCAGAUUAAACCUCUGUCGCAUAAUCAGACACAGAAUCUCCCAAACCCCCCAACUCUUACUUUCUAAGUGGGGGAGGGUGCCUUCCUGUCAGCUCUAUUACCCUCUACAUGUGGGGUCAAUAUGUGCAAUGCAAAGUGUGUGUGAGUGUGUGUGUGAGUGAGUGAGUGAGGGCUGUCUUUUUUGUCCCCACCCAGUCUUAGGGUGAAUUCUAUACCCUCCCCUUAUUCUGCACUCCUUUCUCCACCCCUUACUCCCCCCAACCCCCCUUUGUCUUGUCUGUUUAAAAAGAAGGGGGAUAGUUCACAUUGUUCAAACUGAACACCUACAGGUCAUCCAUUCCCUCCAUAGACAGAGAGAGAAGAGAAAGAAAGAAAAACAGAGAGACAGAAAGACAGAGAAAUAGAACGGACAUCCUUGCAAGACAGUAACUGGAUUUCCUCAGUGGCUUCAUCAGCAAGAUCUAGAAGUGGUGAUUGAGGAGAAGAAUCAGAGCGGACCGUUAUUUGGCAGAAGUCGUCUCACCAAUAUGAGGUUCUUCCAUCCGCUCCUCGUCCUGUUGCUCCUUCUCACGGUGCUGACGCUGCUCAGCGCACAGAAACCAGAUUUUCUGAAUCUGCGGCGAAAAUACAGGAGACACCACUGUCCACACAAGCGCUGCCUGCCAUUACACUCCAGAGUACCUUUUCCCUGAAGUUACUUGAAGCUGUCCAUAAAAGCGAUGAAGGAUGAGUGUAUGGAUUGUGUCAAAGCGUCUAAAGAGCGCUGGAUCACGUGUGUUGUACUUCAAGACAAGCAAAGACAACCAUUCAGCAGAGCAAGUGACACAAAGCUAUACAGUAAAGAAGCUUUCACACUCAGCUAGACUACAUCAAAUAUAUGGAUCUCUUUGAAUCACAUGCCAACAUUGAGAUAUAUGUGAGCUGAUUCAAGAAAUGUUUAUGGAUAUGGAGUUUCUCUAUGUACAGUGCGUGUGUGUGUGUGUGUGUGUGUGUGUGUGUGUGUGUGUGUGUGUGUGUGUGUGUGAGUGUGAGAUGAGACAGCAUUUAAAACUUUUAAGUCAAUAAUUCCUGCCUGGAACACGACAAGUUUAACAAUAACUCAAUGGCCAACCACUGAAUACCUACAUCAUUGUAAAUAGCAUGUAAUGUACGAAAUGUGUUUAUAUUGUAAGUUAUAUGCACUUCAAAUGUUUUAUUAUUCUUAUUAAAUAAAAUUUACUUCCU